AUGAGUUUCAAGAUUGAGCAAGUACCUACAAAACCGUUCAAUGACCAGAAACCGGGCACCUCGGGGCUUAGGAAAAAGACGAAAGUGUUUGAAAAUGAGCCUCAUUACACGGAAAAUUUCAUUCAGGCGAUCCUGGAGGCGAUUCCAGAAGGUUGUGAAGGUGCGACCCUAGUUGUAGGUGGUGAUGGGAGGUACUACAACGACGUUGUACUUCAGAAAAUCGCCGCAAUUUCUGCUGCAAACGGUGUUCGGAAGCUAAUUGUGGGCCAGAAUGGUAUUUUGUCGACGCCUGCGGCUUCAAACGUGAUUAGAACGUACGAAGAAAAAUGUACCGGUGGAAUCAUUUUGACCGCGUCACAUAACCCUGGUGGGCCUCAAAACGAUUUCGGUAUCAAGUACAACUUGAGUAACGGUGGACCAGCGCCUGAGACGGUAACCAAUGCGAUUUUCGAGUGCUCGAAACGGUUACAGAGCUACAAGAUCAUCAAGGACCUGCCUAAGAUAGAUUUGUCGACCCUUGGCACUGAUCAAAAAUUUGGGCCGCUCUUGGUCGACGUUAUUGACUCCACCGCCGCUUACGUCAGUAUGUUGAAGGAAAUUUUUGAUUUUGAUUUAAUCAAAAAAUUCCUCGUCCACCAGAAGGCCACUUCUGGUUUCAAAGUUCUUUUCGAUUCCCUAAAUGGCGUGACUGGGCCAUACGGGAAGGCGAUCUUUGUUAAUGAGCUUGGGUUAGACGAAAAAGAAGCUUUGCAGAACUACGUUCCUGAGCCUGAUUUUGGUGGUUUACAUCCGGAUCCCAAUCUGACCUACGCUCGCUCAUUGGUCGAAAGAGUCGACCGAGAGCAAAUCGCGUUUGGUGCAGCGUCCGACGGUGAUGGUGAUCGUAACAUGAUCUACGGCUGUGGACCUGCUUUUGUCUCUCCUGGUGACUCCGUAGCGAUUAUCGCUGAGUACGCCGCAGAAAUCCCGUAUUUCAAGAAACAGGGUAUUCACGGCCUUGCGCGGUCUUUCCCGACGUCAGCUGCGAUCGACCGCGUUGCCAAAGCCCACAAUCUCAACUGUUACGAGGUGCCAACGGGCUGGAAAUUCUUCUGUGCCCUUUUUGACGCCAAGAAGUUGUCCAUUUGUGGCGAGGAGUCAUUUGGAACCGGCUCGAAUCACGUCAGAGAGAAGGAUGGUGUGUGGGCAGUUGUUGCGUGGUUGAACAUUCUUGCCAUUUAUGCAGAAAAGCACCCAAAUAGCGACGUGUCCAUAAAAGUGAUCCAGGACGAAUUUUGGAAAAAAUACGGUCGUACCUUCUUCACGCGCUAUGACUUUGAACAAGUGCCAAGCGAUGCUGCCAACGAAGUGGUGUCUAAUUUGGCCGAAUUUGUGGCACGCGAAAAAGAAGUCGUCGGCAAACCGUUCCCUACCAAUUCGAACGAAACCGUUACCGAGGUGGGCGAUUUCAGCUAUACUGAUCUGGACUCUUCUGUGUCAACCAACCAGGGGCUUUACGCAAGAUUAUCCAACGGUUGCAAGUUCGUCGUAAGACUCUCGGGAACUGGUUCGUCGGGUGCUACGAUUCGUCUCUACGUCGAAAAGUACACGGACGAUGCUUCCAAAUACCAGCUAACCGCAGACGAAUUUUUGAAGGAUGACAUCAAGAGUGUCGUGCAGUUCCUAAAUUUCAAGGGCAUCCUAGGUACCGAUGUUCCAACUGUCCGCACAUGA